AGGGGUCGCUGAAGUUGACGGAACCGCCAUCUUGAAAAGUGCCCUCCGAUGAUCUACCUUUUCGCGCCUGUCAGAAUCAGUUUUAAACGCUUUAUUUUCCUUACCGGAAUUUCGUGUUUUCUCAGUGUUUGUUUUGUUAAGGCCUGGGGCUAAUGGCAAGAUAAGCUACAUGCUGGAGACUCGCCGUUUGCCGUUGUCUAUUGGUGUGUGCUGUUGAACUGCUGUAUGUGUGCUGUUGGUCAGUCUGUCCAUCACCACUGUCUGCCUGCUUGUCUGUCCAUCCGGCUUGCCUGGAAUGGGCCACAACUCCCAAAGACUAAAACACACCUCUUUUUAGCCUGAGCUCCACCAUCUGGACUCUAACAUACUCACAGAGCCAACAUGUUUUGGAAAUUUGACCUCCACACCACAUCCCACAUUGACACGCUGUUAGAGAAGGAGGAUGUGACGCUGACAGAGGUGAUGGAUGAGGACGACGUCCUGCAGGAGUGCAAGGCCCAGAACCACAAACUGGUCGACUUCCUGCUGAAACCACAGUGCAUGGAAGACCUGGUCACCUUCAUCACACAGGAACCCAGUACUGAUGUUGAGGAGAAGGUUAAAUACAAGUAUCCCAACAUAUCAUGUGAGCUGCUAACAUCAGAUGUGGGCCAGAUCAAUGACAGACUGGGAGAAGAUGAAAAACUGCUGAUGAAACUGUAUGGCUUCCUCCAGAAUGAGCCACCUCUCAACCCACUCCUGGCCAGCUUCUUCUCUAAGGUCCUGUCCAUUCUUAUAGGACGCAAGCCUGAACAGAUAGUGGAUUUUCUGCGAAAGCGAGAAGACUUUGUAGACUUGAUGAUCAAACACAUUGGGACAUCUGCUAUCAUGGACCUGCUGCUCAGAAUGCUCACCUGCAUUGAACCUCAACAGCUUCGUCAGGACGUUCUAAACUGGCUGAAUGAGGAGAAGGUGAUUCAGAGACUGGUGGACAUGGUACAACCUGCUCAAGAUGAGGAUAGACACUCCAAUGCCUCCCAGUCAUUGUGUGAGAUCAUCAGACUGAGCAGAGACCAGAUGUUCCAAGUGCAGGGAUCCUCAGAGCCUGACCCACUUCUGGCCACACUUGAAAAGCAGGAGACAGUGGAGCAGCUGCUGUCUAACAUCUUCGACAAGGAGAAGAAUGAAUCUGCAAUUGUCAGUGUUAUCCAAAUCCUCCUCACAUUGUUCGAGACAAGGAGACCAGCGUUUGAGGGUCAUAUGGAGUGCCCGCCUGGGAUGUCCCACCCUUCAUUUUCAGUCAACCACAGCAUCCUGGAGGCAGUGAGACCCCGACUCAAAGAUUUUCACCAGCUGCUACUGGAACCCCCAAAGAAGAAUGUGAUGAAGACAACGUGGGGGGUGCUGGACCCUCCUGUGGGCAACACCAGGCUCAAUGUUGUCAGACUGGUGGCCAGUCUGUUGCAGAGCAACACACACAGCAUCAACACAGAACUUAUUAACCUCAACACACUGGGAGUCAUUCUCGAUAUGUAUUUCAAAUACAUCUGGAACAACUUCCUCCACAUUCAAGUGGAGAUCUGCACAGCCAUGAUUCUGGCUAUGCCCCCUGCCCCCACUGAUAUCCAGCCAGACACAGAGCAGGAAAUUGCGAGGGAGAGCAUCCUCAUAAAACAUCUGUUUCAAAAGUGCCAGUUUAUACAGAGAAUCGUAGAGGCCUGGAGCUCCAAUGAGAAAGAACAGGCAGAAGGUGGUCGGCGACGAGGCUACAUGGGUCACCUCACCAGAAUAGCCAACUCUAUAGUUCAUAACUGUGACAAAGGCCCUAAUGGACCACAGAUACAGCAGCUCAUCUCUGAGCUCCCAGCAGAGGACAGAGAUAAAUGGGAGGCCUUUAUUUCUGGGCAGCUGUCUGACACAAACAAGAGAAACACUGUUGACCUGGUGAAUACACACCACAUCCAUUCUUCCAGUGAUGAUGAGGUGGACUUUAAAGACAGUGGCUUUCACCAGGACUCCUCUCUACAACAAGCCUUUUCUGAUUAUCAGAUGCAACAAAUGACGUCCAAUUUUAUUGAGCAGUUCGGCUUCAAUGACGAAGAGUUUGCUGAUCAGGACGAUGUUGUGGAUAUUCCCUUUGAUAGAAUAUCAGACAUCAAUUUUUCACUGAAUACAAAUGAAAGUGCAAAUAUAGCAUUGUUUGAGGCACGCUGUAAGGAGAAAAUCCAGCAGUUUGAAGAUGCUGGUUCAGACGAGGAAGAUAUCUGGGAUGAAAAAGAUGUCACCUUCGCACCAGAGGCACAGAGGCGCCCCAGGAGUUCAGGCAGCACAGACAGUGAGGAAAGCACAGACUCAGAGGAGGAGGAUGUAAAGAGAGAUCCAUUUGAAGCUUCCAACCCCAGCACCGAUGACAGAAUGGAGGUCGACACAGGGCCUGUGUGGACUGCCAACUUUGAUGACAUCCCCAUGGACACAGGUACAUCCACAGCUCCAGCCUCCAACCCCAACAACCCUGCUGCCUCUUCUUUGUCGUCCUCCUCCUCUUCCACAGAAGACCUCCCUGAGGCAGCAUGGAGCUCCACUCCCUCUGCCACUUCCAACUCUGAAACAGGGUGGGCUGAUUUCUCCAACUUCACCCCUGUCAGCCCCAAAGACCCUCUGAGAUGCAACUCUCCUGUUGCUAUGGAAACCAGCAUUGAGACAAUGGACCCUCUGGGGGUCAAUGCACCCAUGCAGCCUGAAGAUUGUGAUGGCUGGUUGGGCACCAGUGUGGCUUCUACCUCCUCGACCUCACCUAAGGACUGUGGGAGAUCUAAAGCGGAGGAGGACACGCCUUCUUGUGAACAGCGCAGCAUCACAGAGACGGUCAUCAAUGGCUCCAUGAAAGAAACAGUCAGCCUCACUGUUGACGCCAAGACUGAGACCGCCGUCUUCAAGAGAGUUUUGAAAUCUUAUCGUGAUGAAGAGAAGUGUGCUUCUUCAGAGAAAUACUCAGUAGUGGAGUGUGUGGAUUUGGAGAGAACAGGCGUCAACAGCUCAGCCGCAGCCUGCUGUCCCAAAGCAGGUGAGAAGUGUCGGCCCACUGUGGAGCUUCCCAAUGGUCCUCUGGAGGAGAUGUCAGCCAUAGAGGAGGCCAAACUGGACCAGAGUGCCGUGUCCUCAGAGCCAGCUGUCAAUGGGCCAGCAUGAGGGUCGCCUAAUGCCAGCCAAUGUCCAGCCUGUUCUGCCAUGCAGGGCCCUCCUCCUGGCCAGCCAGCAGAGGCCACUGCUCAGAGCUGUUCCAAACACACGCCCCCACCAGGACCAGCAAUACUCCCAUUGGCUCAUCACUGACAGACAGACAGACAGACAGACAGGUGUACAGACACAGGAUGAACUGAAAAGCAAAAUGAGAGACAUACUCAAAUGGAUACAGAAUAAUUUUUUCUGCAUUUGUUUAUAUACUAUUGUUCUUAUGAGGUGAUGUGCGACUGAUAUCUUGCCACUCAAAAUUAAAUAGUAAUGUUGCUAUCGUUAAAGAAAUGAUUGUAUGAAUAAAAUAUUUUAUAAAAAGAAAAAUGUAUACAGAAACAUAAGAUGAAUUACCACAGAACAGAAACAGAAAUAGUUGAUUGGUGACUCAGCCAGCCACUAUGCUGUUAUAAUCGGCUGGAUCUGUUAUCCUGCGUACUUAAUACAACAGUUGCUAUAUUUAAAAUUCUCACCCACCAUUGGUCUGUGUCUCUGAGCAAAGCUACUCCUAAGAAUUGAAACACAUUUUAAAAAAACACACUUAAAGUUUUAUUUUGCUGCAGGUAUUUGUAAAUGUUUUUUCUCUUGUAUUCUUCUGCAUUGAGUAAGAGUUGACAAGCUUUUUUGGUAUAUUUUUUUUAUUUAUUAUGGAAGUAAGAUGAUGGUUAUGUUUUGUUACUAAAGAGCCAUACCAACACCCCCUCUCCCCUUCUAGCAGGCUGCAUUCAUGCUAACUGGGUUCCUACCUCGCAGCUAGAAGGUUAAACAGGAGAGGUGCAGUAUGUCGUCACCACAGCCUAAACUGGGAGCUGUAAAUGCAUUCUGAGCUUGUGUUUUUAGUCCCAACUAAACUUCUUUAGAACCACAGUCCUCUUCUUUGACCCCAAACUCUUCUUUUUCUAUCUCAAGUGCUUUUUAGACCAGUGGUUCUUAACUUGAGUUUCUCCCUUUAGAUCACGCUCACAUUUAGCAUAUUCCAUUGCAGGUUGUAGAUGCAUCCAUACAGUGCGCAGAACUGUGGUUUUAGGUAGCAUCAGCAUUUUAGAGAACUUUGUAGGGGACUGAAAGGGCUGAGGAAUUACACAUAGGACCAUGAAAUGAAAUAAGAAUUUUGCAAACAAGUUACCUUCUGAAAGAUUUGCCAGUGCCCAGCACUUGUGGAGCUAGGUGGGAUUCUGUCACUUUAUGAUAACAAUUUAUACCUUAAAGAUAUACUUCACCCCCAAAAUGACCAUUUUUACAUCAUAUACACACUGCGUGUUCCCUUGAAUUCUUGAGGAAAAUGUUUUUCUUGCAUACCUCUACAGUGAACAAAGACUCCAAAAAAGGCAAACAUUCUUCACGAAUUGGAAGUAUACAGGGACUUCCUUUAACAGCAGCAGGCUGUAUCAAAAUUUCUGUAAAAAAUAAACCAUUUUUCUUGCAUGUCUCCACAGUGAAUGAAGAAUCCAGAAAAUGAGAAUUGGAACUGUGUUUAACAACAUAACUAUAUCAAAACAUCUGUUUACAAACUCUCACACAGCUUGUGCAGCAUAACCCAAGUCUCACUGAUCCAGUUGAAGGCUCAGUACUCCCCAAACACAUGAAUUUUGCAGGUGAAGUAUUCUCUACAGAAAACUAGUUAAAGUUGUAAAUUUGGACAGCUGUGAUAUCAGCUACUGACCAAGUCCUAACUACAGGUGCUCAUUCUUAGACUGUGUUCAGACUGACAGCAGCAUUGUCAAAAACAGACCCCCUUUUUUCCAAGGUGGUGUUGGCCGAUAGAGGGCUCAGGCCCCAGAAAGUGUUCAGUGUUAACUGUAGCACAUCGACAUCUGACAGUGCACUAUGUUGGCCAAUCAAAUAAGCACGCACAUUCCUGGUAGACUUCUUUGUAAGGUGAUUGGCAAAAUUCAUGUGUUUACGUGGUAAUUGUUGAAGGAUAGAAUGAGCUGUAAAAGUGUUACCUGGGUACGUACCUUUGAAUCUGCCCACCUGGCUGAGUUGACUGCAACUGAGAGCCCCACCAACACCAGACCUUUGUUUUGCUGUAAUGUUUAAUUCAGGAAGUCCAGUUUGAGAAAAGCAUCUGUGAGUUUAAAGUGUUUUUUUCUGCUGCUGUCAGUCUGAUGCAUCCUUGUUCCAUGUUUUUUAUACUUUGAAUCUCCACCUCUGCUUUUAAGUCAGCCUUCAUGAGGCGAUGCAUUGACUUGGAAGUUUGACCUCAAAUAUUCCAGCUUUUCAAACAAACUUGAAACCUGCCAUGGUUGUGUUCAGGCAUAUUGUAGUUGCCCCUGUAUAUAUGGCCUUUUAGCUUUGGUUUGGUCAUCAUCUUUUUUGGUAAGAAAUGAUUCACUGUCUGGGAUUUGGUUCCAAAAGGAAAUGUAACUCGAGUUUUCUGUACCAGCACUGGGAAAGGGAAGAAGCUAUUUACAGAUACAACCCUCUUCUUUGUCAGAUUAUUAAUUAAAUUUCAUUUUAAUUUCUGAA